AUGUCGCCCAGUGACCUAGUAUUAAAUAAAGCGACGGUUAUGUAGCGGCGGAUUAUAGCAUCGGCGUUGACGUUUUGAAAACUACCAGUACAUUCAGGAAGACUUGACAGCGUCGAAAAUCUACUAAAAAAGGCAAUCAAUCAUCCCGCAGCGAUUUUGUUUUUGUAUAAUUUCCCGGAUCAUGCUGAAAUCUGAAGGAAAGCGCAUAAGAUAAAAUCAUCAUUUGCCUUGAGCAGCGCUGCAGUGCGAUCAGUCUGGAUUUCAGCAGCUCAUUGAUCUACAAUAACACACCGCAUCGGCCUAUAACUGCUUUGUCGCGGUUUAGUAUAAAGGUUUAGUAGAGCGGAAGUCAUUGGUUCGCAGAGGACUAAAUUACAGUUAAACUGGGAUGGACAAUGCCCAUACAAAGACGGUUGAGGAGGUGCUGGGAUAUUUCGGUGUCAAUGAGACAACAGGACUGAGCUCUGAGCAAUUAAGGAAGAGCAGAGAAAGAUGGGGACCCAAUGAGUUACCUGCAGAAGAAGGUAAGUCACUAUGGGAACUUGUUCUGGAGCAGUUUGAGGAUCUGCUAGUUCGGAUUCUCCUCCUUGCUGCCUGCAUUUCCUUUACUCUGGCCUGGUUUGAGGAAGGUGAAGGAACCAUCACAGCCUUCGUAGAGCCAUUUGUCAUCCUCCUCAUUCUUAUUGCCAAUGCCAUUGUAGGAGUGUGGCAGGAGCGAAAUGCGGAAAAUGCCAUCGAAGCCCUAAAACAAUAUGAGCCUGAAAUGGGGAAGGUCUACAGACAGGACAGGAAGAGUGUACAGAGGGUCAGAGCCAGGGAAAUUGUGCCUGGAGACAUUGUGGAGGUGGCUGUUGGUGAUAAAGUCCCAGCAGACAUCCGACUGACCUCCAUACGCUCUACUACUUUGAGAGUGGACCAGUCCAUCCUGACAGGGGAGUCCGUAUCCAUCCUAAAACACACAGACCCAGUGCCUGACCCCCGUGCCGUCAACCAGGAUAAGAAAAACAUGCUGUUUUCUGGGACGAACAUUGCAGCAGGGCGUGCGAUAGGUGUUGUAGUGGCCACAGGUGUACACACCGAGAUCGGGAAGAUCAGAGAUGAGAUGGCAGCCACCGAUCCAGAGAGAACCCCUCUACAGCAGAAACUAGACCAGUUUGGAGAGCAGCUCUCUAAGGUGAUCACAGUGAUCUGUGUGGCGGUUUGGGCUAUUAACAUCGGUCACUUCAGUGACCCAGUGCAUGGAGGCAGCUGGCUGCGUGGAGCUGUGUACUAUUUUAAGAUCGCCGUGGCUCUGGCUGUAGCCGCCAUCCCUGAGGGUCUUCCUGCUGUCAUCACCACAUGCCUGGCGCUUGGCACACGGCGCAUGGCCCGCAAAAAUGCUAUAGUCCGUUCCCUCCCAUCUGUAGAGACACUUGGCUGUACCUCCGUUAUCUGCUCUGACAAAACAGGCACUCUUACCACCAACCAGAUGUCUGUCUGCAGGAUGUUUAUUGUGGACAUCAUCGCAGGUGAGAGGUGUUUACUGAACGAAUUUUCAGUAACUGGAUCUACUUAUGCCCCUGAAGGAGAAGUGUAUAAGGACGGUGUACCGAUACGCUGCAGUCAGUAUGAAGGGCUGGUGGAAAUGGCCUCUAUCUGUGCCCUGUGUAACGACUCUUCGCUGGACUACAGCGAGAGUAAAGGUGUGUAUGAGAAAGUGGGAGAGGCAACUGAGACAGCUCUCUGUUGUCUGGUGGAGAAGAUGAACGUGUUUGACACAGACCUGAGAGGCCUCUCACCUGCUGAAAGAGCCACUGCCUGCUGUUCAGUCAUAAAGCAGUUAAUGAGGAAAGAGCUGACUCUGGAGUUUUCUCGAGACAGGAAGUCCAUGUCUGCUUUCUGCACUCCAAACAAACUCACUCGCUCUGCUUCAGGUGCCAAGAUGUUUGUCAAGGGGGCGCCAGAGAGUGUGCUGGAGCGUUGCCGAUGGAUACGGGUCGGAGGUGGUACUCGAGUGCCUCUGACCUCUGACCUAAGGGAGCAGCUCUUAAGCACAGUAAGAGAAUGGAGCUCGGGACGUGACACACUACGCUGCCUCGCCAUGGCAACCAGGGAUUCACCCCCUGACCCUCGAACCCUGAACUUGGAGAACUGUGCAACCUUCAUAGAAUAUGAGUCGGAUUUGACAUUCGUAGGUUGUGUGGGAAUGUUAGAUCCACCCAGGAAGGAAGUGCUGAGUGCAGUGCGGAUGUGCAGACAGGCUGGUAUACGGGUCAUUAUGAUCACAGGUGACAAUAAGGGCACUGCCCUGUCUAUCUGUCGUCGAGUGGGCAUCAUCACUGAGCAGGAGGAAGAGGAGGCUGAAGGUGGGCCGUUUGGCAGCGGCCUCACAGGACGGGAGUUUGAUGAGCUGCCUCCCCACCUGCAGCGACAGGCCUGCCGCACCACCCGCUGUUUCGCCCGCGUCGAGCCAACGCACAAGAGCCGCAUUGUAGAAUAUUUGCAAAGCCUCAGUGAUAUCACAGCGAUGACGGGCGAUGGUGUGAAUGAUGCCCCUGCUUUGAAGAAGGCCGAGAUCGGCAUUGCUAUGGGCUCAGGCACGGCUGUGGCUAAAUCUGCUUCAGAGAUGAUUUUGGCAGACGAUAACUUUUCAACCAUCGUAGCUGCAGUGGAGGAGGGCAGAGCUAUUUACAACAACAUGAAACAGUUCAUCCGUUACCUCAUUUCUUCUAACAUUGGAGAGGUAGUCUGUAUUUUCCUGACCGCUGCUUUGGGAAUGCCUGAGGCUCUGAUCCCAGUCCAGUUGCUGUGGGUCAAUCUAGUGACGGAUGGUUUCCCAGCUACUGCUCUUGGCUUCAACCCUCCAGACCUGGACAUCAUGUCCAGACCCCCACGCUCACCUAGAGAACCACUCAUUUCGGGUUGGCUCUUUUGCAGAUACCUCAUCAUUGGCUGUUAUGUAGGCGCAGCAACAGUCGGAGCUGCUGCCUGGUGGUUCAUGGCAGCCCAUGAUGGACCAAAGCUAACUUUCUACCAGCUGUCUCACUAUCUGCAGUGCAGUGAAGGUCAUGCUGAGUUUGCAGGAGUGCAGUGCUCAGUGUUUGAGUCUCCAUACCCCAUGACUAUGGCGCUGUCUGUGCUGGUCACUAUAGAGAUGUGCAAUGCCCUCAACAGUUUAUCAGAAAAUCAGUCUCUACUCAAAAUGCCACCGUGGUCAAACCCCUGGCUGGUGGGAGCCAUCUGUCUCUCCAUGGCCCUACACUUCCUCAUCUUAUAUGUGGAUCCUCUUCCAGUCAUAUUUCAGAUCCGGCCGUUGUCUUGGCCCCAGUGGGUGACUGUUCUCAAGAUGUCUCUGCCUGUUAUUUUGAUGGAUGAAGCCCUGAAGUUCUUGGCCAGAAACUACAUUGAGCCUGGCAGCGAUCUGCUGCUGGAGGAGGAUGGAAAUGCAACUAGAGGGGUGAUUGGCAAGCUGCAACAGGCAUUUAAGGGUGUGUCCUGGUCAUUUGUGCUCAUCUCUGGCCCAUUGCUGGUCUGGAUCUUCAGCCUGGACUCAGACAUUACCAAUAUCUUUUGGGAUUAGGAGGAGGAGUAUGUGUGUGUGUGUGAGAACGUGUGUGAGUAUGUCUGAGUCAGAGAGAGAGGCAGACAGAAAAGUGGCUGACAUACAAAAGCAGUGUACACAUUCAAUGUAAAACGAAUUUGGUGCUCAGUGUGAAAAACGGAGCAGUAUGAAUGAAAUGCAGGACCAGGACAAUCACAGAUAAAGGAAUGCUAGGGACAGAGAAAGGAAGGGAAAUUGAAUUCAGUCUUAUAAAAUGACAAGUUUUGUGCUCAUGACCAUCUUCUUCAGCUUAACUAUGUGUCACUGGUUUUGCAUUGGUCUUUAGUUUUUUUUUGUUUGUUGUUGUUGUUGUAUUAUUUAUUUUGUUCAACACAUAUAUCUGUAUUCAAUUUAGCCUGAAAUUUUUAUUUUAGUUUUAUAAAAUUAGUUGCUUUCUAAAGGCUAUGUGUGUAGUUUCUGUAUUACUAGCGACACCAGAUGCCUUACAUUUGUUUAAGGACCAGGUGAGACAUAACAACAUUGGCUCAACCGUUGGCAUGAAUUUAGCGGGACUGUCAUUUAAACAGACCUAUGAAAGAUAGUGGAACCGCUUGGUACUGCUGUUGGCACAGAAAUGACACACUUCCCUUUUAGGCAAUGUCGCUCUAACACCCCAAAAGCAUUGCAAUUGUCUGUCACAUUUCCCUAAUUUCAUUCUUUUUUUCACGUACAUGUCUUCUUUGUAAUUAAGACCAAUUUUGUUGGGGCCUAAAACAUUUUAAUAAAAUGUUUAAUGAUGUUGUUUUUAAGUCAAAGCAAGUUCAAAAAAUAAAUUCACCAGGAAGAGAGAAAAAAUUAACCUCUGAAGGCAUAAUACCAAGCUCCAUUAGUUCCACUUGUUUUGUUACUUCACUUAGUGCUUUGGAUAAAACGCACAUCUUUUUUUUUUUUAGCAGCAUUCAAUACUCUUGUUUUCUGCUGUUUUCUAUUUAAUUUUUUGUUUGGUACCCAAAACAAUUUUUUUUUUUUUUUUAUCGAGUCCUUAAUUUCCUCAAAUUCCCACAGUCCAUGUCAUGUGACAGUACAAAAAGCAGCGUCUUACCUGGAACGCUUGUAAUUGUGUUACAUUUUUGAAAACUGUCACUCUCUUAUAUGCCUAGUACUACUCAGCAAUGCUUCAAAUUGUAAAUGAUAAAAUACUAUUUACAUUCUUCAACCCUGUGGCUUAUGAUCUUUUAUUUGGGUAUGCCAGCGAUACUGUGCUUCAUUAGAGCUGGUCAUACAAGUCACAUCCGCAUGCGCUGUCUCAUCUCUCUUUCCCUUUUUUGGGACCCUCAUGCUCACAUUGAAUCAUUACUUUCGAAAUGAAAGUGGGAUUUUCUGAAAUUUUUUCAGUGUGACUGUUUUAGUUUUAUUGCUGUGCCUGUAUGGUGAGGAAAGUUGCUUUGCCUGCCUUUUCACUUCAUAAAAGGAUUCAAUUUAAUUUUUAUUAAGACCAAACAUCAUCUGGUGUCCAGUCAUUACAUUCUGCUCGUCAGAUGGAAGCUGAAAACUUUUGGCAGUAUCUUGAUCAGAGCCCAAAAAAGAAUGUUUUGAGUUCCAGACAAUUAAUUGUUGUUAAGAACAGAGAAAAACCGGGAGUGAUUAAGUUUAAUUCCUUAAGGUGUCAAGUUCCAGGGGAAAAAGGGACAGGUUCAUGUUCGUAAUCAGUUUAUUUCAUGCCAUUGUUUCUCCCAUACAUCUCUGAGUCUUAUUUUAUUGUUUGUUUUUCCAUUUAAAACCAUUCCACAUAAAGGAGCUUUAUAAUAUAGUGAAAACCCUGUUCUUUCUAUUUAUGUAUUUUAGAUUCUAUUUAUUUCCUAAUUCUUGAAAAAGAAUACAUUUUGAAUUUUGUAGUAUUUUGUCAUUCAUACAGUUGAUACCAUAACUGUCAUUUAAUCGCUGUUUCAUUAACAGGGACAUGGAAAAUGCUUCAUGAAAUGGAAAAUAAACUCUUGAUUUGAAAUCCA